CUCAGGUUCCAGAGGGAUACUAUCACCACCGCUUCUAUCCACCCAAUUACACCAUGAGCUCUCUCCGUUUCGCUCGCGCUGCCCUCAGGGCUCGUCCCGCUGCCUUCGGCGCUCCUUUCCAGCGCCGCGGUUACGCUGAGGCCGUCUCGGACAAGCUGAAGCUGUCUCUGGUUCUCCCUCACCAGACCAUCUUCCAGUCGACCGGCGUUGUCCAGGUCAACAUCCCCGCCGAGUCCGGCGAGAUGGGUGUCCUCGCCAACCACGUUCCCUCCAUUGAGCAGCUCAAGCCCGGUCUCGUUGAGGUUAUUGAGGAGAGUGGUGCCAACAAGAAGUUUUUCCUGUCCGGUGGCUUCGCUGUUGUCCAGCCCAACUCCCAGUUGAGCGUCAACGCCGUCGAGGGUUUCGCUCUCGAAGAUUUCAGCGCCGACGCCGUCAAGAACCAGAUCGCCGAGGCCCAGAAGAUUGCCGGUGGCAGCGGCAGUGAGCAGGAUAUUGCUGAGGCUAAGAUCGAGCUCGAGGUGCUGGAGACCCUGCAGGCUGUGCUCAAAUAGAUACCUGGUGUACAUAUCCACUUUUGAUUGCAGCUCUGAACGUGUAGAAUUAUAACAGCUCCAUUGCGAGUUUCACUGAUACUUCACCAUGCGUCCAUCCAAA